AUGUCGCACCUUUCACUCUAUUUCACGCGAGGCACGCCUCGAAGUACAACUCCAGCCUUUACCUUGGACUUUUCGAAGGAACCUGGCCUCGAGUCUCUGGCGGAGCACCUUUACAAACAAUAUACCUAUGGUCAGGCUGAACCAUCCAAUGGACUGCGGUCAGACCAUGCGGUUAGCUUCGUGACGCAUGGCCAUACGACCUUCGGACAGACUGAAUUGGGAUGGGUUCCUCAAAGUGAGGUGGCGGAGGAGCAAUAUAUUGCCACGCCGACUUUCGCGAAACCCAAACCGACUGAUAUCGCUUUAUCAAAUGGCUUCACUUCCCCCUCUUCUGCUCCGCCCGCUCCUCCAGCAACUCCUGCUCCAACGAGGAACACGGAACCCCUCAAGGAAAUUCCCGCUCCGGUCAAUACUAUUGCGCCUCCUCAGGGAUCUCCUACUUCUGUGAAUGGCACCGUGCCGGCUCGGGAAACCCCUACUUUAGGGAAUACCACUGGACCUCCUAAGAAGCUUCUUGCUCCUCGAGUCGCACCAAAAAUAGCCCCUCCCAUCUCUCGCGAGAAACCCACUAAGGCCCCAGUCCCAACCUCUACUCGACAAGGGGACUUGCGAAGAAGCGUGGCACUCUUGAACGCAAAUCGAAGUCAGAGCGAGAAGACAGGGCCAGCCACCCAAGUCACUAAACAAGCGUCCAACAAACUCACCGAACCGGCCCCGCCACAGCCUUCAGACUCUCAGCCAUCGAUGUCCUCGUCUGAGUACAGACCGUCUUCACCAUCAUCUCAAUCUUCAAGGUCUCCGACUCCAAAGCCUCUGGCUCAACCCAUAUCCCCAUCUAGACGGCGAUCUACUCGGUCUCGGGCAGAACCUGCGACCUACAAUCUCAAGACGCUCUCCAGGCACCAAGCGGGUUCUCAUGAUUCUCCACAUCAGUCUGAGAGAGAGGAUACUCCUGCCGUCUCCGAGUCUCCACCACCUCCUGCCUCUCCACGUUCGUCCACGCAGCAACGUCAGUCCUCGCCAGGACGUCCAUCAUUACAGGACUUUCCUGUCGGUAUCCAGGUCGAGGAUGAACAGCGACGUAAAGCCAACCUUUCAAAACUCUUGUGGACUCGAGAACUACGAGGCGCGAGACCCGAUCAUGAGCUUCUGCGUGCGACAGUGAGCUCAAACCUGAAGCUCCGGAAGACGUGGAAGGGCGCUUCCAACGACGUGAGCACCCUGGUGUGGUCACCGGACGGUACGAAGUUUGCUACUGGGGCUACUGCACAGUCUGAUGAGUACAACCGUAGCAAUAACUUGCUGUUUGGUGACCUUGCACGGAAUUGCCUGUAUGAGCUGCCCGAUCACCAUAUUCGCCGGGAAUCAAAUACAGCCACGGCAGACGAACGUCUUUUCCCAACCGUCUCCACUAUUGAAUGGGUCCAUCGGCAGCUCUAUACUGCAAGCUUCGACCAUACGGUGAAGAUAUGGAACACGGAUCCUCUCACUUCUCCCGAUACCCCUACUUGCGUCAAAACACUGCGGCAUGAUUCCAAUGUACAAGUCAUGUCUGUUUCAAAAUUCAUGCCCCAUCUAGUGGCUACGGGGACGACGCAUUCAUUUGGCUUGUGGAAUUUGUUCGAUAAAACUCCGACUCCCAAGCCUCUAGAAAUUCACCGCGAUCCUCGCCAGAAAGCGAACAUCGUCCUUGAACCGACGACCUUGGCGUGGGGACAGAGUGAGGCGACGAAAAAUUACCUAGUCGGGGGAAUGGGCGAAUACGUUAAAGAUCAAUACAAAGUCCCACUCCUUGGCCACCUCGGCAUGUGGAUGGUGACUGAAUCUUCUAUUGAGCGACGCAAGCUCAGUCCAGACUCGCAAAACAUCUUUGAUGUGAAAUGGCAUCCCUCCAUGCGACGGUUCGCGAUAGGAAGUGCCUACAGCCAGUCGAUGAACCUUCCACUGCGAUCCAAAUCGGUGGUUCAACUCUAUGACAUUGAGUCCGGCGGCAAGGUGGUCGUCACUGGCAAGUGCGCCUGCUCGGCGGUAGACAUGAACGAGGUGACGUUCUGCCCAAUGGACUCAACAUACAUCACUGCAAGCUGCACGGACGGAAGCACAUAUGUUUGGGAUUCUCGUAAAGAUUCGAGACCUAUUCAUAAGCUUUCGCACGGUAACUCCCUAAAUUCCCUCAAUCCUCGAUAUUCUCGAGAAUACACGGAUUUCGGUGUGCGGGUGGCGCUCUGGGGCACAACGAUCGACCAGUUCUACACCGGCGGCUCCGAUGGGUAUCUCAAACAAUGGGAUAUUCGUCGCUCAACGCAAGAUGCCCUAGUCGCGAAUACGGUACACCUAAAUGACGGUAUUACGAGUGGAGCGUUCUCUGCGGACAAGUCACAGCUCCUUCUUGGAGACUAUAGCGGUGGCGUUCAUGUUCUAUUUUGUGAACACACGGAAGAUGAAGUCGUUAACUUCGACUUUAAGUAUGCCCCGGAGCCGCCAUGUACCGAAUUGCUCGGGGUGCCUCUCGCUAAAGAGCUUAUUGCCUCCGGCAAGUUGACCAUGGAUCCGAUCUUUGGCCCAGUUCAGGGACCGAAGUAUGAUGGUCCCUAUGCGCCUUGGGCUCGGGGUCUUCCUGAGACGACAACUCUGGAUAAGCUCAAGCGGACCCCGUUGUCGACCGAGUACCAACUACGGCAGUUUGCUGGACCACCUGUUAAUGAGCGACUCGGAUUAGAUGCAGGCUCACGCCGAGAACUCCAAUGCCAGUUCAAUCUUGCCCGCGCCCGUCACUCGCGCCGCUGGAGAUCCGGAGCCUCUAGUCUACCAAAUGGAGGGGAUAACUUGCAAAAAAGAAAGCGGGAUAACCGGAUCGACUUUGGCGGUAUUGACAAGGAGGGCCACGCUUCUAGUCCAGCUCGGAAGAAGAAAAAGAAGAAAGACAAGCUGAAGAAGCAAAGGAAGAAUCCUCACGUUAUCACGAGGCUUGAGGAAUCGGUCAUCGAUCUGACCAUGGAUUCCGAUUCUGAGCUGGUUACUACCAGUUCUGCUACUCCUGCGACUGCGUCCGUGACCGCGGCUACCGGCGACUCAACGAUGGACUCCGACUGUGAGCUAUUAGACCAGUCAAUGCUUCGUCAGCUUUCUCUUUCGCCUUCUCCGAUUCCGAAGGUCUUGGAUGAAGAAUCAGAUGAGGAUUAUUGGUGGCCUGAUAGCCGAGAUGUCGAUGCGAAUCUGGAAGCCGAUGACCUCUGA